AUGACGAAAAUCAACAGCUCCCUCCACUCCUCAAGGAGAAAGUCUCGCAAGGCUCACUACGAUGCGCCAUCAAGCGUCAGACGAACAAUCAUGAGCGCUCCAUUGAGCAAGGAGCUCCGUGAGAAAUACAAUGUUCGAUCCAUCCCAAUCCGAAAGGACGAUGAAGUCACCGUUGUCCGUGGUUCCAACAAGGGCCGUGAGGGAAAGAUCACUUCUGUCUACCGUCUCAAGUACAUCGUACACAUCGAGCGUGUUGUUAAGGAGAAAUCUUCUGGUCAAUCAGUCCCAAUCGGCGUUCACCCAUCCAAGGUUGUCAUCACGAAAUUGAAGCUCGACAAGGACCGCGAGAACAUUCUUGAGCGCAUCAAGACCGGCCGAGAGAUCAAGGAGAAGCUUAAGUCGAAGGCAUAA